UUGAAGGAACAAAAUAUCAUCUAAUCUAUCCUACGACAAAGAGGAAAGAAGAAAAGAAACCACAUCUCUCUUCCUUCCUUUCAUUUCAUCCCAAUCUCUUCAAAACUCGUCUCUGUACAUACCCUAAUUUUGAUUUCUAUUUUGUUUCUUUCUAUUGUUGAAUUUUCUUCGUGUUUAGAAAUUUCAGUCAACCGAUUUGUUUACAUAAAUCAAAACCCUAGGGGUUUGAUAAACUGCACAGUUAUUUCAGCUUAAUCAAUCAUGGCGGUUCCGACUAUUGCACUGUACGCAAGUCCUCCCACUGGUGUGUACUCAACUCCGUAUCCAUGUCAGAUCAACUCACAUACGUCGUACGAUUUCGAUCUAAGCAGCCGUCCUUCCUCUUCGUCUACGGCGACGGUUUCGUCGUCAAAACCAACCGUCGGCGGCCUUUCUUCGCUGUUUUCGUCUUCUUCAAGCUUUUCCGGUGGCGGAUCUGAAGAAUUGCCGUCGAUGAGAGGAGGUGAAGAUCUGAGCAGUUCGUUUUCGUACGCUCCGUUUGGAUCGUAUUUGAAACGAGAUCAUAUCCAUCAGAGUCCGGUUUCGGUGUUUCAAGGUCCGGUUUCGUCGAGCAGUACAUCGCCGUUGAGGUUUUCCCCGGAAAGAGAUGGUUCACUUCGUGCCGGGAGUAAGCGAUUGUUUAAAGGUUUUGUUACACACGCGUUAAGCUCGUGUGUGGAGUAUGAUUCCCGGAGUUCUCGAGUGCAAGAUGAUUUCGCCGAGGAACUUACAUUUAUGAUGGAUGAUACUACUCUUAAGGAAUCAGAUCCCGAGCCUUACGCUAAGGAUUUGCUAUUGGAUGCACAGUUAAAACACAAGAUUUUUAACGACAAUCUGGUUAUCAAAGCUUUCUAUGAAGCUGAAAAGGCGCACAGAGGGCAGAUGCGAGCCAGUGGGGAUCCUUAUUUACAACAUUGCGUGGAAACUGCGGUUUUGCUGGCUUCCAUAGGUGCUAAUGCUACUGUAGUUGCUGCAGGUCUUCUACAUGACACACUUGAUGAUUCUUUUAUAAGCUAUGAUUAUAUUCUCCAAACUUUCGGAGCUGGUGUUGCUGAUCUUGUUGAAGGGGUGUCUAAGCUAAGCCAAUUAAGCAAGCUUGCACGGGAAAGCAAUACCGCAAAUAAAACCAUGGAAGCAGAUCGUUUGCAUACAAUGUUCCUGGCAAUGGCAGAUGCAAGGGCAGUGCUCAUAAAGUUGGCUGAUAGGCUGCACAAUAUGAUGACACUAGAAGCAUUACCUUUGAGUAAGAAACAAAGAUUUGCAAAGGAGACAAUGGAGAUAUUUGCUCCUCUAGCCAACCGUUUAGGAAUCACUAGCUGGAAAGAGCAGUUAGAAAAUCUCUGCUUCAAGUACCUCAACCCAGAUCAACACAAAGAUCUCUCCUCUCAACUUUUGAAAUCCUUCAAUGAGGCAAUGGUAUCUUCUGCUGAAGAAAAACUGAAACAAUCCCUUCAAGAUGAAUCUGUAUCUUACCAUGUUUUAUAUGGAAGGCACAAAAGCUUGUAUAGCAUCUACUGCAAAAUGCUAAAGAAAAAGCUUGCAAUGGAUGAAAUUCAUGACAUUCAUGGGCUACGUCUGAUUGUUGAAAAUGAAGAUGAGUGCUAUAAAGCCUUAGAUCUUGUUCACAAAUUGUGGUCUGAAGUACCUGGAAAGUUCAAAGACUACAUAAAACAUCCAAAGUGCAACGGAUAUCAGUCAUUACACACAGUAGUAAUGGGUGAAGGUUCAGUUCCACUUGAAGUCCAAAUCAGAACAAAAGAAAUGCAUUCACAGGCUGAAUUUGGAUUUGCUGCUCAUUGGAGAUACAAAGAAGGUGAAAGUAAACACUCUUCAUUUGUAGUCCAGAUGGUUGAAUGGGCACGAUGGGUAGUGACAUGGCAAUGUGAGAAUAUGAGCCAAGAAGAGUACAAGUAUAAACCUCCAUGUACUUUCCCUUUUCAUUCUGAAGAUUGCCCACAUUCAUAUAAACCUUCAUGUGGAUCCGAGGGGCCUGUUUUUGUCAUCAUCAUUGAGAAUGAUAAGAUGUCCGUGCAAGAGUUGGCAGCAAAUUCAAGUGUGAAGGAUGUUCUGAACAUAAGUGGGUCUAGGUUUAUUUCUGUGAAGGAGGAGUUGAGGCCAAGGGUGAACCAUGAGCCAGUGAGGGAUCUUGGUUGUAAGCUGAAAAUGGGGGAUGUGGUGGAGCUGACACCAAGGAUUCCAGACAAGUCAUUGACGGAGUACAGGGAGGAGAUUCAGAGGAUGUAUGACAGGGGUCUCUCUGUAACAAACUCCAACAGGUGGGGAAGAUGAUCUUGAUGUCCAUGGUGUAUAACUGUAAAAGAAGUUAUGUAAGAAUACUACAUUACAUAGCCCUAGUCUCUAGAUAGAAAAUGAUUUAAUUGUUUCUUGUAAAUAUGUUGUAUAUAGCAGUUAUUUAUGUUAGGUGAAUUUCAAAUUUCCAAAAAAUAAAUGGAAAAACAAUAUAUAUGUA